AUCUAGUGUCUCUAUAAAUGUCGCGGCAUGUCGGGCCGCUUUCCCGUUUGAUGCAAAAAAACUAUUUCUUGCACCGGAUACGCGACGUUCGGCAUACUCGAUAUUAAAUUCCUCGGAUUUUAAACCUUAAAAUUUGUGCUCGCUGAGUAAAGCUCGUUGUCACCGCUCUUGGGGUUUGACGGUAAAGACGGAUGCUUAUCUUUACCGCUUCUUUCUUAUUCGCUGCGAAAAACACCGAUUCUUGCACCGGAUGCGCAUUUUCGGCGUUGCGCUCGGAAAUUUUCACUUUUAAAUUCCAUUAAUUUUAAACUUUAAAUCUGUGCGCGCCGGAAAAUAAUUCGUAUCGUCGCUAUCGGGGGCCGAAGGAGGUAACAGACGUGCGUUUGAAUUGUGCCAUUAUCGUUUGAAACUUUGGAGAUUUUGUUGAUUUGUGUCUCUCUCUUAAAAAAAGAAAGGUGAUUGUUAUAUUCUGAAGCGUGUUGGUGUCGCUAUUGGAUAUCUGCUCUUGAAGACGUCGAUGAAACCAUCGGGACCAUUGAGAUUGGGUCCAUUUGUCAAAUAGACCAGUUUUCCUCUUUAACAUACUAAAAUGCGUGGCAAUGAAUGUGUUCACAUGACAAAGUGCAAGAGGAUCAGAAGACACAUGAAAUUCAAAGUUAAUUGUGAGACGAACAUUUGCCAUCUCAAUCCUUAAAUGCUCCUGACAUUUUGAGAGUGCGUGGAAAUCCGCAGAAAAUUUCAAACCGUGACAGAAUACAAGAUUUAGAACCUCGGAUCAGCUGAAAACAUAAAUCAGAUAAAGAUGCGGGUUUUGAUGGGCACAACUUUCCAGAUAUGGCUGACUUUAUACAUGAUUAUGUUGAUGCAGACCGUCUACUCGAUGAUAUGUAAUAGAACACCUGAAGGGUUUUCGGCAUUCAAGUCACCCGUCCAUGACAAAUUUCGGAUAGAACUCAGCGGUGGGCCGAACACUUACGCACCGGGCGAAAACUACAAAGUGACGAUUUCGGGUGCGAAAGGUGCGCAUACUGUGCAAAAAUUCACCGGGUUCAUGCUGGUGGUGGAGCCGGCAAAGCCCUUCUCGAACUACGGGAGUAAUCCGGGGUCGACAGGGACGUUCCACCUCCUGGGCGAUGCCCUGACCAAGUUCAGCGAGCGGUGCCCCAACAUGGUCACGCAAACCUCCGCCGUCCCCAAACAGGAGAUCCAGGUUCUCUGGAAAGCCCCGCCUUCCGAGAGCGGCUGUGUUGUCUUCAAAGCAACUGUGAUCGAACAGAAAGACCUUUGGUACAUGGACGAUGGCCCCCUGAGCAAAGUGGUCUGCGAGGAUAUCCAGGAGAGCCACGAUCAGCAACCUGUCAUCGUCAACAAAUGCUGCACUUGCGAUGAAGCAAAAUAUGAGUUAGUUUUUGAGGGACUCUGGUCUCGACAUACGCACCCGAAAGAUUUCCCAUCGAACAGUUGGUUGACAAGGUUCAGUGAUGUUAUAGGAGCCUCUCAUACAUCUGAAUACAGGUUCUGGGAGUAUGGCGGAUUUGCAUCAGAAGGUUUGCGUCAAGUGGCUGAAAGCGGGGCUCCCAGAAUGCUAGAAUCUGAGUUGAAAUCACAAAGCAAGCACAUCCGGACCAUUAUCAAGGCGCGUGGUAUCAGCUACCCGAACGUGACAGGAAAGACUUUCGCCGUAUUCAGGGUGGACAAGAAGCAUCACCUCAUAUCCGUUGUUUCCAUGAUAGAUCCCUCACCGGAUUGGAUAGUGGGAGUGUCUGGCCUUGAACUGUGCCUGCCUAAUUGCACAUGGGUUCAGUCUAAAACAUUCAAUAUGUACCCGUGGGAUAUCGGCACCGACAGUGGUAUAACCUACAUUUCUCCAGACAUACCAACUGUACCCCGAGACAGAAUUCAGAAAAUAACUACCAGCUGGCCGGAUGAUCCCAAGUCGCCCUUUUAUGACCCAUCGGGUGCCGAAAUGAAACCUCUAGCAAGACUCAUUCUCAACCAACAACGACUUUACGAAAAGACGUGCACCGACUCCAGCAAGGAGGACGUCGAAGUCAAUAGCGAGGAGUGCGCUGUCGAUGAUUGGCAAGAAUGGGGUCCAUGUUCGGAGUCCUGUGGUCAGGGCAUCAAACUUCGACAGAGACAGCUUAGAGACGGAUCCUCUGGGGAGAGUUGCAACGUAGAUUUGAUCCAGAGAGCUCCGUGCUACAACUAUGACGAUGUACUCUGCAGGAUGCGUGGAGGAGGGAACGUGGAUGCAGGUUGCGAGGUGACUGAUUGGAGUUCCUGGUCCAAAUGCUCCGUGGAGUGCGGCAAAGGGGUCCAAGCCCGAUUCCGGAGCUUCAAAAACCCGGACGCGGCCAAAGAGUGCCUGGCCUCGCAGAACCACCUGGACCUCGAACAGACGACCGAUUGCGACGGGGAGUCCGACUCCUGCACGCAGAAUGGGGAUGAGUCGUCAGUAGACCCAGAGCUGGAGGAGAAAUGUGUGGGUGGUUGGUCGUUGUGGUCAGCGUGCACGGUGAGUUGCGGCAUUGGAACGCGGCAGCGGACCAGGGAACUGAAUCCGGACAUGGACACCGAGUCCGAGUGCAACGCCAUUCCUUUGACCGAGACCAUCGAAUGCCAAGGCGAUUUUCCCUCCUGCGAUAUGACCGAGGAGCAAGCCAGAGAGAUCUGUCAGUUGCCGAAAUCGAUCGGUCGCUGCCCGAAACCAAUGUACGAAAAGUGGUACUUCGACUUCCUCUCGGCCUCGUGUAAGCCGUUCCUAUACACCGGUUGCAGAGGCAAUGAGAAUCGGUUCGGCUCAGAGGAAGAGUGUAACAAAGUCUGCGGAGCCCUGAGAGCGGAACUCAACAAAAAAAGAGUAGCUCGACUGAAAAAAAUGUACGGGCUCUCCCUAACAGGUGUUUUCUCCUACCGCUUGGAUCAUGUUCAGUCAACGUGUGACCCGAACGAGGAAUCGAGCAGCACUCAGAGGCCUGAAUACUCUGGAUUAGACUCCGCAUCUCAAAUUAUGGAGCCAACCAAGGCCGCUAACCCGACCGACGAAAACGGCGAAGGGGACCCAGUUGACUGCGUGGUCUCUGAUUGGAGUAGGUGGUCCAAAUGCUCCUCCUUGUGUGGUGGAUAUAAGGAAAGGACUAGAACUAUACUUGUGUAUCCAGCUAAUGGCGGGAAACCGUGCCCCAAAAAAUUAAUCCGCACAAAAUUAUGCGCUAAAAGAUGCGGACAAGAUGGGAAAAGAACUAACAAAGUUAGUGACAACUCCGGGUCAAGGGAAGAUGAGAGCAAUCCCGAUGAUACAGAAUGUAGGUAUAAAGAAUGGUCAGCGUGGUCUGUCUGUUCUGCUACGUGUGGAGAUCAAGCUGUGCAGCAAAGAGUUCGUGCAAUUGAGCAACCAUCCUCACCCAUCUGCACUGACAGACUUGAAACCCGACCUUGUCAUGUCCUACCUUGUAAAACGUAAACAUAGAGAUAGGCAUUUCUUUUUGUAAUCAAAAAGUCUCAUUUGUUAUCAAAUCCUAACUGAAAGACAGUGGGAUACAUGAGUAAACAACAUAUCCUAAAACUAAUCCAAAGGAGGUGGGAGAAUAAUAAUUCCUAGAACUAUUUUCCACAUUGAUGUAUUGCCUCUAGAACAAAAUAGAUCUCAGACACUCUCUUUUUAACUUGCGUUUUGCAACUUGAUGAGAGAAGGAGGUGCAAAAUGGAAAGUUGAGAAAAAAAAUAACCUUGGAAUUAGUUUCUAAUCUUCCCUCACUUUGUCCUAUUUCCUGGGAAGGAUGCAAUAUUGUGGAAACAUCCGGAAACUGCUUCUAGUCGAUCAAAAUUUUUUUUUUAUAAAAGAUCUCCAAGAAAGGAACAAAAUGUACCUAUAAAUGUUUGUCAGUCAGGAACAUAUGAACUAAAGUUCGCAACAUGACAACAUAUAAUUGCCAAAUUUCAUUUUAAUGCAAAAAUGACAGAUAUUUUAAUCUGUGAAAAAUUAUUUAGAGAAAUUUGAAAAGAUUGCAUGAUAAUAGUAAGCAAAUGUUCUUGAACAUAUUUCAUGCAAAAAUAUUACUUAGUUGUCUUUUGAAAAAAAAAUCUUAGAACAAAACUCUUGGAACACUGCAACUGAGAUAAGUGAUUACUGGCAGUUUCACCAAAAAAAUGAGUUUUAGCCAAAAAAACAAAUGAAUGUAUAAAUAGAUCAGCUAACAAAUUUAUUUAAUGUUUAAAACCAUCCUCUACUGCUGUUUUUUUACAAUUCAAAAAUACGCUUUUGUUAAUACUCUUGGGUCAAGAGGGUUUGUAAAGGAUCGCAAAUUGCUACAUUAAAAGUAUUACAAAUAUA